CUGCUCCGAGGCAGGGGGGAGAGAGAAGCUGCAGAUCCGCUUUCAGACAGCAGCGGCAUGGAGCCCCGACGCCACACACACACACCGCUCUGAGACGCGCGCACACUCCUUCACACACGGGCAGAGGAGCAGAGGAGCAGCGCGGCCGUCCACAGCAGGAUCGCCCGUGUCUCCGGCGUCGUCGUCAUGGAGAGUUCCAUCACGCUCUGGCAGUUCCUGCUGCAGCUGCUGAUCGACCAGAGCCACAAGCACCUCAUCUGCUGGACGUCCAACGACGGCGAGUUCAAGCUGCUGAAGUCGGAGGACGUGGCGAAGCUGUGGGGUCUCCGCAAGAACAAGACCAACAUGAACUACGACAAGCUGAGCAGAGCCCUGCGCUACUACUACGACAAGAACAUCAUCAAGAAGGUGAUCGGCCAGAAGUUCGUCUACAAGUUUGUGUCGUUCCCCGAGAUUCUGAAGAUGGACCCCGCGGCGGUGGAGUCGGGCCGCGGCUGCGAGGCGAGCGGGGGCGGGGCUUCAGAGCCCGAGGCCGACGACGAGGACGGGAGGAACCGGUACCUCCACUCCGGCCUGUACUCGUCCUUCGGCGCCCCGCGGCGCCCCGUGGAGCCGCACCGGCCCGUCAAGACGGAGCCCCGAUCCGAUCGCCACGGCGACGGCUCCUCCGUCAUCCGAUUCGUGACCCACGGCGGCCACUCCUCCCUGCCGCCCACCCCGCCCCCGUCCUCGGCCGAGACCUCCCAUUCCUCCCGACCGUCUCCGGGGCCGGCCCGCUCUUCUUCUGCUUCCUCCUGCUCCUCCACUCCGCCGCCAAGCCCCGCCCACGCACUGUGGAGAGGGCGGGGCCAGAGCGCAGAGACUCACGAGUUGGAGCAGAGCGCCCAGCCGCUGAAUCUCUCGUCCGGCCAGAGGGAGCGAGAGAGGUCUCAGGCGGCGCCGGAGGCCAGGAGGUUUGCCAACUGCGGGCUUUUGAAAAGCAGGAAGCCCAAAGGUUUGGAGAUCUCCGCCUCCUCGCUGCUCCUGACGGGAAGCGACCUCGUCUCCAUCGCCCUCAACAGCCCGGCGCUGCCUUCGGGCUCCCUGACCCCCGCCUUCCUCACCACACAGACUCCGUCUGGUCUGCUGCUCACUCCCAGUCCUCUACUCUCCAAUAUCCAUUUCUGGUCCAGCCUGAGUCCGGUGGGACCUCUCAGCCCUGCACAACUGCAGAGCCACGCCCCCCUCUUUCAGUUCCCCACGCUGCUGAACGGACCCCUCCCGGUGCCUCUGCACAGCGCGGACGCCCCCGCCCGCCUGCUGCUCUCCUCCAGCUCACACAAGUGCCGAGCGGAUCCGCCUCCAGGCUCUCGGCGGUGAGCCGCGCGGGAGUCGGACUUCGUGUUCCUUUGCAUUUCUCACACGAGGAAACGGGAGGUUCCGGCCGCUCCAGACGUUUCUUAGCGUGCGACUCCUCGUGUUCCUCACGCGGCGUUCGCUGCUUCUCUUCAGGCAAAACCCAAAAAUAUAUAGAAAUUUGCCGGAGGUCAGACCUCGUUACGUUUCUCAUCUCAUUUUAAUCUCUCGUGUCAUUUUUUCACUCGUUUUGAACUCCAGAGUUACCGUUUGUAAUGUCGUGAAUGUUACCCCCCCCCCCACACACACACAACUCUAAUAUAGAGUAGAAAGACAUAUUGGCUUUCCUGCAGAGAAGAUUGGAUACCACUCUUGAUGCGAAGCUACAGCCAGACGACAGUUAGCUUAGCUUAGCGUAAAGCCUGCAGACGUGAGAAAAACGGGACAAAAAUACUGACUAGCGGCUAAAAGCUAACUAGCUAACACAUUAGCCGUGCGGAAAGGACAACGCAUAACGUAUGGGGGCCUGAAGGUGAACAAACCGUUCCGUAAAACCCCAAUGUGUCGUGCCUCUGUGAUCUGUAUUAAACACACACCUGUAUGUUCACAGCGGGCCUCACAGGUCGGACGCUGCCUCUGAACUCUGAGUAGUUUCAAUCCGGUCGCUACGCUACAUUUAGCUGGCGAGCCGUCAUCAAGCUUCUCAUUUUCACCCGUGACCAGUUUGGGAUGUUCCAAGUCGACCAAUAGCGUCGUCUCUUUCCUCAACCUUUCUGGGGGUGAGAGUUCAAGGAGUGAGACGGAGCAUCAGGAUCAUUUUCACAUUUCAGUUAACGUGAUAAAAGACGUCGAUGUGCAUCGCUCACCGACUCCGAGCGCCACGCGGUCCGGCUCUCCUUUGGUCUUCUGCUUUGACGCCGUGAACCUGUUUUUAUCUGUUUGUGUCACGCUUUCCUUUUCAAAUGCACUGUACUUUUUUUUUUUUAAACCAUGUACCAGCUGUGCCUUCAAUAUUGUAAGACUUGUGUAAAUGUAUUACGCUUUUUAAAAAAAAAUUUAAACCAGGUUUUAAUAGAUAUUCCAGGUCAAAAUUGCACAAAAGCUUUUAUUUUGUAAAAAUGGCUCCUGGUUAUUUAAAAAAAAAGAAAUUUAAUGGAAAUGUAUUCUCAGUGAUUUUAUACUGUUUUUAUUUGUGGAAUAAAAUGAGAACAGCGA